AUGACACACUUUAUUGAAAAGAAAGAUUUUUGGGAAACUUUAAAAAAUCAUGUGAGAGAAAUUGCCAAUGGAAUGGAAAAAUUUAUGGAAGACGAUAAAUUGGGAACAGAUGUGCUGGAGACUGGGAAGAGACUUCUCAACACAACAAAAAUGAUCGUGGAACGAACUGAGAUUCGGCUUGGACAACUAAUUAAGCGCUUCUUACACAAGGCUGAAGCCGAGGAACAAUAUCUUCGCAAUAUUAAAAAGCCAUGA